UCCCCGUGACGUCACAGCCCGCACUUUGCCGGCAGCGGGCGGCGCGCUCCCGCGGCAGGGCUCGGGGUCGCGCUGCGCCGGUCCGGGGCUGGCUGAGCACCCGGCCGCAGGGCAGGCAGGGAGCCGCAGCAGCCCUCGGAGGGAAGGGGACAGCGCGGCAGCAUGAAGUUCCAGUACAAGGAAGACCACCCGUUCGAGUACAGGAAAAAAGAAGGGGAGAAAAUCCGGAAGAAAUACCCCGACAGAGUCCCUGUAAUUGUGGAAAAAGCACCAAAAGCCAGAGUACCCGAUCUAGACAAAAGGAAGUAUCUUGUGCCUUCUGACCUCACAGUUGGCCAAUUCUACUUCUUAAUCAGAAAGCGGAUCCACCUGAGGCCAGAAGAUGCCCUGUUCUUCUUUGUCAAUAAUACCAUCCCUCCCACCAGUGCUACCAUGGGCCAGCUGUAUGAGGAUAACCACGAGGAGGACUAUUUUCUCUAUGUGGCCUACAGCGAUGAAAGCGUCUAUGGCAAGUGAGCACCAGCCCCUCAGGCAUGCAGGCGAGAUGGACUGAUGGAAUGGAUUUGGGGGGGAGGGAUGUUGGAGAGGAGGAAGGAGGAUGCCUGAGAAGAAGGGAAGAGAACUGGAAGUGAAUCACAUGCACAAUGCCAUCACCUUCCAUGCAUUAAUUGUAACCAUUAUUUUUUAAAUUGAGGGGAGGGAGGGUAGGGGGACAGUGUAUGAAAGGGUGAACUGAAAGGCUAACGAGGGGUUCUGCACUGGAAUGGGGAGAUUCCACUGUUCAUAGGUCUUCUCUUGCCACAGCUGGAAGUAUUUAGCUAGUACUGCUGGACAAGCCAGUGUGGUGGAGCUCCAGGAGAGUGACUGGGCAGGAUGGCCGUUUUUGUGUAACCCUUUCAUUGGAUGGAGAAGGCAUGCCAUGUAUUGUACACUGACCUUGUUACGCCUUGCCCAUGGCACGGGCUGCACUCCUGUGAGCAUUUAGUGAGCUGUGAAGUACUUCACUCUGCCCACACAAGGCUGUCCUGUGCUGACAGUCCUCACUCCGACUGCUACCUGUGAAGUGUUCCAAGAGUUUUGUGUUUCCCAUCACAUCCAUCAGUAUUAGAAGGGCUAACUGAGGGCUGGGAACUCCUCAGCUGUGAGACUUGAAGGUUGGGGAAAAGAAGGAAGGAUUUUUUUUUUUUUCCUUUGUUGCUUUAAUUGCAAGUGCUGGACAGAAAAAUUAGGGACAACCCUUUUGUUCUUUUCAGUGAAGUCAACUGAUAAACUCAUAAGCACAUGGCUAGAAAGGACCUCAAGAGAAUUACUAGCCUACUCUAGCUCUGAGACAGGACUGAGUAUACCAAACAUGUCCACCAUGGCUGCUCAUCAAAUUUGUUCUUAGUGAACUUCACAGAGGCAGAUCCUGGAGGCUGCUGAGACUGUCUGUUCAGUUCCUAGAUAGCCUCUUUCCUUGCUACCUAACUUUAGCCUCCUUUGCUGUACAUUAAGGCAACUAACUACUAGUGGUCUUGUUAUUGAACAAACAAAAUUAUCUAUCAGUGUUGUCCUUGUACCAGUCUUCUGCAGAAUUGAAGAUGGCAGAAGUCCUGUGGGUUUAGCCUUCCCUUCCAUGUCUCAUCCCUGUACAGCCCUUGCACCACAUGCACAAGUGGAAGAAAUUAGUUGCUCCCACGUGUGUUUUGCUGGCUUUUUGUGACUGGACAACAGUGCCACUCUUUGUGAGAGGGAAAGGGGAAGGGGAAUAAUUAUUUUAUUUUAAGCCAAUGUUGUUCUUAGAAAGGUGCCAGAUAGAUGCUGUCCUGUGCAAGCCUUACGCUGUCAUGCCAAAGCAGUUUCUUCCCAGUGGCACAAACAGCAGAUUUUCCCAUAACUGCCAUAACUGAUGAGGGGAUGGGGUUUGGGGAGUGAGCUGACUUUCAGGAAAAUUCUGGGGUCUUACCUAAAAAUCAGAGAACUGGACCUGAAUUACUGUAAACAUUCCUACAUUUAAGAGAGGGACCAAGAAGGAUGAAGAAGAUAGGCAGAUUCCAAAAUAAAUCGAAGGUGUUUGCUCUGUUUACAUGAAGUUAGAUCCGAGUUCUCUGCGUUCCUCGGGAAUGAGAAAUCAAGAUGAGUGCUCCCGUGAUUGUGGAAGACGGGAAAUCGGGUUUCAGCCUUCUCUGACUGUUGUUCCACCAAGGUACACCAGGCAAAAGAGCAGGCUGUGAGUGUGAAGUGGGAGUCACUGGCAGAGCUGUGUGAAGGUCAGGGAAGGCAGCGUACUGGGGCAGGAGGGUCACUGCCCGUGUGGUACGGGAAGUAGAAGAAUGGGAGAGAAGGGGGGGACCUCAAAGGAUGUAGACACAGCAAUCGUAACGGGCAGACAGAAAAUGGGGGAACAAAGGAUGAAAUGGGUGGGUUAGCAUCCGCAGUUUUUAAUCCUGAAUGUCAGGUUUGUUGUUCCAUCAUGUGUUCAUCUGGAAUAAAUGCAUUGGGAUGAGUUGUACCUACUGCCAACUUAGAUAACUUCAGUUCCUGCCUGCAGUGCUCAGUCCUCUCCUUUUGGCCCACUCUCCUCCACUUAGCAGGCUCUUCUCACAUCCGCUGGGUGCAGGUCCGCAUCGGUCUCUUGUUUUAGAAAGCUCUGAAUGUUCUGAAGCAGAGAACAGAGUCAGGAGGCUUUCUAGGGUAAAAGACAAGUUGCGGGCAGAUGGUGUGCAUCUCUCUGCCGCUGUCCCACUUGCUCAUGUGUGUGCUGCCAAGCACACGGUUGUGUGUUGUCUCAAAUGAGCCCGUGCUUAGGCACACUCAGGGGAGAAAGAGUUGGCAUCUGGGGUGCUUGGUUUUGUGUUCAGACCUCCCCUCCCCUCCUGCUGCUGGGUUUGUAAGUGACAUGUGUGGGACUAAUCUCAGCUGUUUGUUACAUGUAGAGUUUACAGUUGAAUUUAGUUAUUUUAUGGUUCUUUUAACUGGAUUGUGGCAUUUACUUCUGUUUUUGCGCUAGUCCGGUACGAGGUAAUGAUGGUAAUUCUUUUUUUGUGUUGGUUAGCUGCAGGUUCUUGUAAAAAAAAAAAAAGUUCAUACUACUUGAGCUAAAUCAGCCAAUCAAUAAAGAUGCAUUUGAAAAUCA